GGACAUCGGGCAGCGGCACACCGGGCAGAGGCACAUCGGGCAGGACUCCGGGCAGCGGCACAUCGGGCAGGACUCCGGGCAGCGGCACAUCGGGCAGGACUCCGGGCAGGACUCCGGGCAGCGGCACAUCGGGCAGGACUGCGGGCAGAGGCACAUCGAGCUGGACUCCGGGCAGAGGCACAUCGAGCUGGACACCGGAUCACCAGGCGGAGCAGCGGGCGCCGGGCCCCCAGGCGGAGCGUCGGGCACCGGGCCACCAGACGGGGCGACAGGCACCGGGCCCCCAGGCGGGGCAACAGGCAUCGGGCCCCCAGGAGGGGCGACAGGCAUCGGGCCCCCGGGCGGGGCGAC